AUGGAAAGAAAAUUUGUGAGGGAAAGUGAAGAGAUUGUUCUUCUCAAAGAAACAGAAGAAGAAUUAGAAGAAGAUGAUGAAGAAGAAGAAGCAUUAUCUCUAUGUGAUCUUCCAAACGACGAAGAGAACCAAACGAAGAAAGAAGCAUCUGGGGUUAGUGAAUUAGUCCAAGAAGACUUUGAUUUUGGUGGUAAUUUGUUGAUGAAAGAGUCAGAAAUGUGUACGGCAGAUGAAGUUUUUUACCAAGGCCAAAUUUUGCCACUACGUCAUUCAAUUAGUUUGCCAAAUGAUAGCCGUAAUAGUAGUACGAUUCGGUUCAUGUCAAGGUCAGAGUCAAUGGAGGAACAUUGUCAUGACACAAAUUCAAGCAGUAGAAGUAGCAGUAUACGAAGCCAACGUUCAUCUAGCAGUGGUAGUUCUUCAAAUAUUAGCACUCCAAUAUGUUCCAAAUACAAGCCUAGGAUUCGAAAUCAAUUCCAUUCACAUCCUAGUCCAACACCCCAGGUUCGAUUUUCAAAGGUUGUUCAAUCAAACGUUAAUAAUUCAAGUCGAAAAUCGACACUGUGGAGUCUAUUUCGUGUUGGUCUAGUGACAACACCUGAAAUUGCAUUACAAGAUCUUAAAAGUCGAAGCAACAAGGAUUAUUCGGGAAGUCGAAAUAGCACGAGCAGUAGUAGCAGUGGUAUGAGUAACUAUGACAAUAAGAUGAGAUCAAUUAUACUAAGCAAGAAAAAGAAACAGAGGUUUUUUCUUGGUAGCUGCAAAUGUUCAGCAAAUGCAGUAGAAACAGUUCCUUCAAAUGUUGUGAUCAUGAACAGGAACGGUAUAAUUACGAAAACAAGAAAGGCUACAGAGGUCCAUGAACAUGAAGAUAAGAAGGAUGUAACAGAGAACAUGAAAGUGACAAAAAAGCAAUCAAUGUCACGUCAUCGAACGUUUGAAUGGUUAAAGCAACUUUCACUAGAAGGUCCAGCUGAUGAAAUAUAA